AUGGCGCCCAGUCAGACCUCCAAGGAGGCCUCCAAAAAGGAAGGUCCUCCCGAUCUUACACAUUACCAGGAUAAGCUCGACUACAACACAUUUGAGCAGAUCCUUGAGAUGGACGACGAUGAGGAGGAGCGAGAUUUCAGCAAAGGAAUUGUGUUUGGAUUCUUUGAGCAAGCAGAGGGGACAUUUGAAAAGAUGGAAAAGGCACUAGCCGCAAACGACUUUGACGACCUCUCCCAGCUCGGUCAUUUUUUGAAAGGGUCAUCCGCCACCCUAGGCCUGACAAAGGUCAAAGACGCCUGUGAAAAGAUCCAACAUUGCAAGGAGGAUCUACCAGAUGAGAAGGACGAGUCGGAGCGAGAAAGGUCCAUUGAAGGAAUCAAGAAGACCCUGAAAGAUGUACAGGUUGAUUACAAGGAAGUCGCCAACAUCCUACGACGAUUCUUUGGCGAGGAGCCUGUCCUCGAUGAUACCCCGGACGAGAAGAAAACAAAAGAAGAGAAGAAGUCUGAAAGUCCCAAAGCCGAGAAGAAGUAA